CAGAACAAUUUUUCUGCUCUCCAGUCCACUCUUAACAAUGAUGUCUAUCGCCCUUCUUCUUCAAUUCUUCUUCUUCUUCUGCUAACUCUUCCUCCUGGAUAACCCUUCAUGACUGUUCUUCCGAAGUUGACGAAGAAGCAACAGAGGAUGAAGAGGAACUCUAGCAACAGCAGCUUCUUCGAUGAUUACGAGUUUAAAGCCGCUGAAAUUCUUCUUCAACUGCCGCAGAUGAUAGCCCAAGAAAGAUAUGGAUAUGGUUUUCCUUUUCCUUUCUCUUGGGGUGCUAAAAGAAAGCGAUCUGCAGUCGAUUCGAACCCUUUACCGUUUCAUCAUCCUUCAUCCCCAACCCCACCUCUGCUUUCUCAUUCCUGCAACAGCGGCAAAUCCAGUCCCAAAGUCGAGUCUGCAAGUCCUGUAACCCCUCUUUCCUUCUCGCCCAGUGAAUCCGACUCCAAGCCUGGGAUGAUAUAUAACAAAAAGAAGAUGACGAAACAGGAAAUGCUUGAAAUCAUACAACAUUUAGGAGAUAACGUAAAAGUACUGAAACAGGAGCUACCAAAAGCGAUGGCUCACUAUGAAAUUCUGAAACGUACAAAUUCGAAGUUAAGACAAAUGGAGCGAGAGCUAAAUUCUUGCGGAAAACAAAAGGAGCAUAAUUUGAAUUCCAUCCAAAGAUCAGUCACGGGUCUUGCGUUCGAAAAAAUCCCCCCUCCAGCUCCUGCUGAAGCAACUGAAGCUAAAGAAAAUGAGGAUAAGGGUGAGAAGCAGGAGGGAGAAGAAGAAUUUCCAAUGAUGGCUCAGCAAGCAGAGGUGGUCAUGGAACAUUUGACAUCCGGAUCUGAAACCUUGGAGAGUUGCAGACCUCAUUUGAUGUCAUCGGGGGUUGUUGGGUUCGGGAUGGCGAAGCAAUUGAGUUUGAGCCCGAUUGGUCUCCCUGAUCUCAACUUCACAGCAGAGGAGACUUUCGGGGUGGAUUAUCUUCACUAUUAUGAUCUAAGCAAGGCAGCCAUUGCCGCUCAAGCCAGGAAAAGAAGGAUUGAGAUUAACAGAUACAAAAGCUCCACAGCCUCUGUAAAACCACGUUUCAGAUAAAGAUCUCUAUCUCUCUCUCUCUCUCUCUCUCUCUCUCUCUGUGGUUUCUUUUCUUCCCCUUUUUUUCGAUUUUUAUAAUAUAAUAUUUGUCAGCCGCAUAAGCUGAUAAAGAAACCGAGAGCUGAAGGUUUUCUUGCUUUCUUCUGAAGAAAGGAGAUGAGGUUAUAAUUUCUCAUAAUUUCUUUCUAA